UUCAUAGCCUGUGCGUGCGUUUCCAAGAGAGAGUCUCCCCUGCCGUGCUCCGCCUUUCUUCAGGAAGAGGAGGAGAGGCCGCCGCCGCCGCCGUCGCCGCCAUGUCUCUGCUCACUGACCUCGUCAACAUUGACCUGUCGGAGAGCACCGACAAGAUCAUCGCCGAGUACGUAUGGGUUGGUGGUACUGGGAUGGAUAUGAGGAGCAAAGCCAGAACGUUGUCUGGACCUGUUGAUGACCCAAGCAAGCUUCCAAAGUGGAACUUUGAUGGCUCCAGCACCGGCCAGGCUACUGGUGACGACAGUGAAGUCAUCCUCCACCCUCAAGCCAUCUUCAGAGACCCAUUCAGGAAGGGGAAUAACAUCCUGGUCAUGUGUGACUGUUAUGCACCAAAUGGUGAACCGAUUCCAAGCAACAAGAGAUACAAUGCAGCAAAGAUAUUCAGUCAUCCUGAUGUCAAGGCUGAAGAACCAUGGUUUGGGAUUGAGCAAGAGUACACCCUUCUUCAGAAGCACAUCAACUGGCCUCUUGGCUGGCCUCUAGGUGGCUACCCAGGUCCUCAGGGUCCUUACUACUGCGCUGCUGGAGCCGAUAAAUCUUACGGGCGUGACAUCGUUGAUGCGCACUACAAGGCCUGCCUGUUUGCCGGCAUCAACAUCAGCGGGAUCAACGCUGAAGUCAUGCCAGGACAGUGGGAGUUCCAAAUUGGUCCUGUCGCCGGUGUCUCGGCUGGCGACCAUGUCUGGGUAGCACGGUACAUUCUUGAGAGGAUCACUGAGAUCGCUGGCGUCAUCGUCUCCUUCGACCCCAAGCCCAUUCCGGGAGACUGGAAUGGCGCCGGCGCUCACACCAACUACAGCACCAAGUCGAUGAGGAGCGACGGGGGGUACGAGGCGAUCGAGAAGGCGAUCGGGAAGCUGGGCAUGCGCCACCGCGAGCACAUCGCCGCCUACGGCGACGGCAACGACCGCCGCCUCACCGGCCGCCACGAGACCGCCGACAUCAACAACUUCGUCUGGGGCGUGGCGAACCGUGGCGCGUCGGUGCGUGUCGGCCGCGACACCGAGAGGGACGGCAAAGGUUACUUCGAGGACAGGAGGCCGGCGUCCAACAUGGAUCCGUACGUGGUGACCGCCAUCAUCGCCGAGACCACCAUCCUCUGGGAGCCGAGCCACAGCCACUCGAACGGCAAGUGAGGAAUCAAUCGGCCAGUUGAUGAGCAGUUAGUUGAGCACUUCUCGCGUGCUGGGCUGCAUACAAAUUUGUUUGGACGUGUUCUCCGAUGCUGACUAAACUUGCAAUAAUGAUUUAGUAAUAAUUGUGAUGGAUGGUCUCAUGAAGUAAAUCUAUCAAUGUCAAUGUCCAACACAAAAUUUUACAUCAUGUGGUGCCUCCCAAUAUCUCACGUAGCGUCGUCUCUAGUAAUUAGAGAGAUCCGUGAGUGAAAUACAAAUAAAGAUAAGUAUGAUGAGCAUCAAAGU